CACUAUCUUCAUCACUCUCCUCUUAGCACUUGCAGAAGAAUUUCUAUGUUUAGGGUUUAAGCGGGGAUUUUCCGAACAUCUCCAUCAUCAAUACCCACAGUCUGUUAUCUUCGGAUCCAAAUAUGCGACGAUCGUUAACAGGGUUGGUUCGUUCUCUAGCAGAAACUCCAACGCGGGGGUUUUGCACAAAAUCAGAGAAACUCGUAGCUUCCGUGCUGUUCGAGAGGUUACCUGUUGUUAUCCCUCAAAUCGAUCCCAUCGUCUACGCAUUUCAAGAGUUCUCGUUUCGUUGGCAACAGCAAUAUCGACGGAGAUAUCCAGAUGAGUUUUUAGAUAAGGCUAAUGCAAGGGGAAAGGGUGAUUACCAAAUUGACUAUCAACCGGCUCCACGCAUCACUGAAGCUGACAAAACUAAUGAUAGAAAGUCUCUACAAAGGGCACUUGACAGAAGACUUUACCUUCUUUUAUAUGGAAAUGCAUAUGGAUCUCCUAGUAACAAGCCUGUCUGGCAUUUUCCGGAGAAGGUUUAUGAGGCAGAGGAAACAAUGCGCAAGUGUGCAGAGUCUGCUUUGCAGUCCGUCUUAGGUGACCUUUCCCACACAUAUUUUGUUGGAAAUGCUCCUAUGGGUCAUAUGGCCAUACAGCCAGCAGAUAAUGUAUCAGAUGCUGGUUAUAAGCAAUUCUUCUUUAAGUCACAAGUGAUUGCAACAAACAAGCUUAAAAUAGGAAAGUGUGAGGAUUUUGUUUGGGUGACCAAGGAUGAGUUACUGGAGUAUUUUCCCGAGCAAGCCGAAUUUCUCAAGAAGAUGAUCAUCAGCUGAUACAGAAGUUCAAUUUUGAUGCCUAAAAUGCAAAGUCUUUCUUGGAACCAUUUGUGCAGCUUAUAAUGAAUGUAUUUUCCAUUCAUUACUUGCCACUCAAUCAGCACAGUGAAUUUUGAAAGUUCAGAGAAAAAGACAAAUCCUGCAAUGGAGAAAUGUCUACAAUUCCUAGGAGACUUCCCAGGUCUUUAUAGAAACCGUAGGUUAAAUAGUUCCGAUUUUGGUAUUUUCAUGGAUACGGAAUGCAUGAUUAACUGUAUAAUUAAUCUAAAAAUCUGGAUAUUCCAGUAAUGUCAUUUUCUGAUUUAAGAUUUGGUCAAUAAGGCAUGGUUUGGUUCUGAAAUGAAAGGCGGGGUUGAUUAUAUAAA